AUGGUCCAGAGUUUGACAUACCAUCGUAGGCUCUUCUAUAAUACAGCCUCUAACAAAACUGGAUUGUCUCAAACUCCUGACAACAGGAUUCUUUACUUGUGCACCAAGAAGGUUGAGAAAGCACCUAAACCUGCAUGCAGUGUGUGCCCAGGCAGACUUGGAGGGGUUUACACUGUGAGGCCUAAAGUCCUUAUGAGAUUGUCUAAGACGAAGGAGCACAUCAGCAGUGCCUAUGACAGUUCCAUGUGUGUACGACAGGAUCAAGUGGGCUUUCUUAUUGAGGAGCAGAAAAUUGUUGUGGAAGUGUUGAAGGCGCAAGCACAGAGUCAGAAAGCAAAAUAA